AUGCAACUAAAUAAAGCUUAUGUGGAAGGCCAUCAACUAACAAUAAUGGGAGAUUUUAACAUCGAUGUUUCGAAAAAUACCAGUGACUCUCAAUGUUGGUUGGAAUCUAUGGGUGACUUACAUCUUCACCAGAUUGUUACAGAAUCAACAAGAGUUACAGAAAAUACAUCUACACUCCUAGAUCACGUAUUUACAUCCGUCCCACAUAAAAUUAGAAGCGUUAAAGUCCCAAGAAUUGGAAUUAGUGAUCAUUAUCCAACUUGCGUAGUAUUUAAAGAUAGUUUUGGUAGGAAACAUUCACAUACGACCAUCAAGUAUCGUUGCUAUAAAAACUUUAACGAAGAAGCCUUUUGUAAAGACUUAUCUCAAAUCCCUUGGGACACAAUCGAUAUAUUUGAUGAUGUUGACAAUGCUUUAGAGGCGUGGUACAAUUUAUUCCUUGACGUGAUUGACAAACAUUUACCUUUGCGAGAAAAACGAGUGAAAAAACAACAACAACCUGAUUGGAUGACCUACGAGAUUAUUCAGUGUAUGGCCCAAAGGGAUCAUUUCAAAUCGAUCAACGAAAUGGUAAAUUAUAAGACCUACAGAAACCGUUGUGUGUCGUUAAUCAGGGAUGCAAAAACUACCUACUAUAAAACUUGUGUUGAAGAUCAUAAAGGUGAUUCGAAGAAAUUGUGGCAAUAUCUACGUGAUAUUAUUCCAACAAAUCUUAAAACCGCACCGUCAAGUUUACGAAAUAACUCAAACAACUCCAGCAUAUCGGACCCUGAAGAUAUGUGUGAACAUUUCAACAACUUUUUCUCCACCAUUGUUAACCAAUAUGUUGCGGUUCAACAAUUUUCUAGUAACUUUGAUAAAUUAUCUGAAAUGGUGAACUCAAGAAUUAAUAGUGAUGAUGCCUUUAGUAUUCCACAACUAACUGAAGAAGAGGUUUGUAGUUAUCUACGUAACUUAGACACUCACAAAGCAACCGGACUUGAUGGCUUAAUUAAGUCACAAGAUUUUGAAGAUGUCAACCUAUUUAAUAGCUCCAUCUCUGACUAA